GCACCCUAUGGGCCAUGGCGUACUCCUCAUUCCGCCCUCUGCCAACGCCCCCGGGCCCCUCUGCAGGCUACUUCGACCUUGACCGAAACCGAUUCCCCCCUGCGCGUACCAACUACUACACAGGUCUGCCUGCGAGCCCCGGCCCAUACCCUCUUCCCAGUCCCAGACUUCCGCAGGCUGAAGAGCCGAGAACGACCUUGCCAGGCGGCACUCUCCUUCACAAGGGCUUCUACGAUCUCUUGUCCCUGAUUCCGACGCCUGGGGCCGCUUCACGCUUUCUGUGGGGAGCAGACCCGCCUGAAGUCGUGGCUGGCCCUCGAUACGAAGAGAUCGGAAGGGACAACUUGGCAACAAGUCCACCCGCGCAAUCCCCAACCAAGGCGGCGCCUACAUCGCCAUCUCCGAGGAUCACCGCGUCCCCCGCCGCGAAGAAAAGUGGGCGCCGGAUUAGCAAGGAUAUGGUUUCACGCCCCAUGGGAUUCGUGCAUUUGGUGCAUGCAUCCGACGCCGAUCAGCUGGAGGCUUUGCUCACGCGGUGGGGUCCUGAUGGCAUGGGCAAAUUGGGAGAUCCCCGAUGGGCGAAUCCCAUCAAGAACAGGAUCAAGCAGACUAACCAAGCCCGUGCGGUGCAGGAGGUUGUGAGCGCGCUCAAGCCGUCCGAUAGCACGCCUGGAGGGUAUGGGCAGCUGCCGCCUCUGCGCGUCGUGAAUGGCAUGCCGUCGCCGAGCACGUCGACGAUCGGGACAUCGGUCCGUGAGAGUCCUCGCGUAGGCGUGUCGCCUGGUGGCCAACCUGGUGGUUCCACCAUUCGCUGGGCCGCUGGACUAGGUGUACACCAGGAGCAUGAGCAGGAGUCGGACGAUACAGCCUUCGCGGAUAAGGACCUUCCGGAGAUACCCGUUCCUCCUCCGAGGACCAUCACUCCCUCGCUGGCAACCCUGGAGAAGGCCGUUGCUGUACGGAUAUACUUCGAGAAUCUCUAUUUCCCGCUACUUCGUCAGCCUUCAUCGCGCGAACAGAGGCGCCAGGCCAUGGAACGCGACAUGGUGCAGAUGCAAUUGACGGAGGCUCAGAAGGACCACUUGCGCGCACGCUGGAGACAAAACGAGACUGAUUAUCUUCGCGAGCGUCGGCGGAAGGUUGAUCCAAGCGCCUUCGCCGUUAUCAAGACCAUCGGUCAUGGUGCUUUCGGAGUCGUUUCUCUGGUUAGGGAAAGAACCACGGGAGAAUUGUACGCUAUGAAGCAGCUUCGGAAAACCGACAUGUUACGUAAGGGUCAAGAAGGUCAUGUCAGGGCCGAAAGGGAUAUCCUGAGGUCGGCGUCGUUGGUCAGCUCGCCCGGCGGGGCGGAGUGGAUCGUCAAGUUGUUCUACAGUUUCCAAGAUCGCGACCAUUUGUAUUUGGUUCUUGAAUACAUGGGUGGUGGGGACCUUCUGAAUCUCCUGAUUGAGAAGGACGUGUUUGAGGAAGACUUUACCCGGUUCUACGUUGCCGAGAUGUUGCUCGCCAUAGAGGCUUGCCAUCGUCACGGCUUCAUUCAUCGAGACAUCAAACCGGAUAACUUCUUGUUUGGACCGGAUGGGCAUAUCAAACUUAGCGACUUUGGUCUAGCUACCGACCUGCAUUGGGCCCAUGACACGUCGUACUACGAACAACAGCGCCAACACCUGCUCCACAAGCAUGGAAUCGAUCUCGAAGAUGGGAACGAUCUGCGCGAUCCGGCGGGGACUAGGCGAAUGAAAAGGAAGGAUGUCGAUUUGAUCAUGGGAGGCGGGGAAGGCGAGGGGGGCCUGUUUACUUGGCGGGAGAAGCACCGGCGAAAGCUGGCUUAUUCUGUCUGCGGAACGAAUUCUUACAUGUCCCCCGAGGUCAUCCGUGGCCAUGGCUACACAUACUCUUGUGACUGGUGGAGUCUGGGAGUGAUCAUGUUCGAAUGCCUAUACGGCUAUCCGCCGUUCGUCAGCAACUCCCGUCAUGUCACGAGGCAGAAGAUUCUAAACUGGCGGCAGUCGCUGAAGUUCCCAUCCCGGCCCAAGGUUUCGCAUGCAGGCGUGGACCUGAUGCAGCAGCUCCUAUGCGAGCCCGAAGACAGGCUAGGCUCGCAAACGACGGCGUCGACGACCCGGCCAAACUCGCUGGUCGUGGCAGCCCGGAGAAGCGCGUUCAUCCAUCCACACAAUACGACGGGCAGCGCCGACGGGGCAGAGCUCAUAAAGGCUCAUCCGUGGUUCCGUGGAAUCGACUGGUUGAACAUCCACCGCUAUCCCGCGCCGUACCAGCCAGAGCUCCGAAAUCCCGCCGACACGCGACACUUUGACGACGACAUCCCUGCAGAGCCGUUAGCACCCGCGAACGGAGCUCCUGCCGACGCCACCCGCGAUCCGUUGCUUCGCGACAAAGUGCACGGGGAGCAGAUCCUCGAAGUGCGCAAGGCGCUCGCGUUUGCGGGUUUCACGCACAGGAGCCCGCGGGCGAUCACCUAUGUCCGGGCGGACAGGGCGUUCGACCCCGAUCCUGGCACGUACGGACACGAAGAGCCGGAACGUGGGCGGGGGACCGUCCGGGAGCUGCACGAGGUGGGCAAGGGCAGGGCGAUGUCGAUGUGAAGGCGGGCGAACGCCGGCUGUGUACGACUUUCACGAUGCAACGGCGCUGCGCGCUCGUCGCGCGCGCACCGGUUUGCGAGGACGGACCUAGUACGAGUAUGUACGAUCGACGCAUCGAGUAUGAUGAUACCCC